AUAUUUUUGAACAAUCGAUCCAAUGCGACUAAAGUAUAUCCUUUAUCUCUGACCGAUUAAAAUGGAAAAAAAAUAAAAUCAAAAUGAUUAAUUUAAUUAGCUGGGUAGGUUUGUUUCUUUCUGUAUCGAGUGCGCGUUUGGACAUAUCGAAAGACAUAGUCGAGUUCUUAUACUUGCAGACAUGUUGUUUGAUUAUUUUAUUUUUCGCUCGGUCAGACAAUUACAUGCAUCCCACAUGUCCAAUGAUAUAUAAUUGUCAUGGAUCUACAUCUUUCUGUAUAUUUUAUUUCUGAUCGGUUCUUUCUGCGUAUGCUGAUAUGUUCAGGGUACGUAUAUACUGUUUAAACUUGCAAUAACAGAAAAGUAGCUUGAGGAGGAGGAGGAGGAGGAGGUAGAGAAACAGAGAGAUCUUGUCAUGAGUUUUGAUUUUAGCAUCUUUUUAUAUUCUUAUCUGCAGACAAUUUACUUGGUAUUAAAUCCAGAAAAUAGGAGUAUGAAACUAUACCACUUUCUCAUAAUAUUUGGAGGUCUACUUCUGAUAUUGGCUCAAAUCCCAUCUUUUCAUUCUUUGAGGCACAUCAACCUCAUUUCUUUGCUACUCUGCCUUGCUUACAGCACUUGCGCAAUAGCUGGUUCUAUUUACGUAGGGAAUUCUUCAAAUGCACCACCAAAGGACUACACGAUAAAGGGUGAUCCUGUCGAUAAGGUGUUUAGUAUUUUUAACGCCGUUGCCAUUAUUGCCACCACCUUUGGGAAUGGAAUUAUUCCUGAAAUUCAGGCAACGUUAGCGCCUCCUGUGAAGGGAAAAAUGUUCAAAGGAUUAUCAAUCUGUUACACUGUAGUGAGCGUUACGUUCUUUGGCGUCGCCAUUUCAGGUUAUUGGGCAUUCGGUAAUAACGCAGGCGGAAUUAUCAUUAAUAACUUCAUGAAUGAGAGUGGCAAUGCUUUGGUUCCAGGAUGGUUCCUUUUGUUGACCAAUGCCCUUGUACUUGUGCAACUUUCUGCACUUAGUGUGAUAUACUUGCAACCCACGAACGAGUUGCUGGAACGUCAAUUUUCAGACCCUAAAUGCCCUGCACUCUCUCCACGAAAUGUAAUACCAAGGCUUAUUUCUCGAUCGUUAGCUGUGGUAUUCUCUGUGAUAGUUGCAGCCACACUUCCUUUCUUUGAAGACAUUAUUGCAUUGGUGGGAGCAUUAGGUUUCAUGCCUCUCGACUUCAUGUUGCCUGUUUUAUUCUACAAUUUGACCUUUAAACCACUGAAACAAGGAGCUAUUCUCUGGCUGAACAUCACAAUCUUCGUUGUUUUCUCAGCACUUGCGGUUAUAGCAGUUGUAACUGCAGUUUGA